UGUAGAUCAAUUCAUCCUGGGGCUAUAAAUUUCCUGCAGCUGUCAAUCCCGAUGGUCACUGCCACGCAUGCACCUCGGGCUAAGGCCCAUCAGACGCUCGGAACCAGGACGUGCAGGACCCUCUGGAGUUUGCCACCGUCCGCACUGUCUACACUCUACUAUCUUACUGCACCCUAAGGCUCCCAGAGACGAAAGCGGGUUCGCUCCCAGCGAUCCUCGGGAUAAUACUAGCAAUACCCUUUUUAAACUGUCAGAGGAAGACCCAUGGAUUCCACCGGCCAGGGACAACCUUCCGGUACCCAAUCAUGGCCGGCUACCGAAGCCAUCGAUGCCAUCGAGACCGAGCAUUUUACACUCUUGCCAAUGAACCGCGCAGCAUCGACCUUAGAUUUAAUCCCCAGUAACCUAAGAAGAAUCGGUCUCCGCUUCCCUCCGUUUCCCAAUGGGCGUGGCUGUUUCGGCCUGUUGACAUGCCACCUUUCGGAUCUCCAUUCGGGCCUUCUCCCUGAAGUGAGCCAGGUCUGGCCUCUACUUGCCCUGCUCGUUGGUUGGGGCAUCCCCAUCUGCUCCUCUUAUUUUUUUCUGGUUUAUGUGAAGGCAUUUUAUUCGUUUCGUCUCUCUACUUCUCUUUUUCUUUUUUUCCAAAUUUUUUUUUUUUUUUACACCUUGUUACUAUUAUUAUUUGAGUUGUUAUCAUCAUUAUUAUCCUCCUAUGUUUUUCGUUGUGGUGUCGUUGCCCCCCAAUCCUUUUUCCUUCGUCCCUGAAUUUCCCUUUCAUUGCCCGUCAUACAUCCUUGACCAUCUUUAAGUAAACACAUGCUCCUCUCUACACCUAUUUGCUUUUGUGUGGUGAUCAUCUUCAGCUGGCUACUUUAGAUCAUCAACGCCGGCAUAUUCCUCCGCCGGCCUGCUUUCCGCCCGGAUCCCUAACAAACAAAC